CCUACUUAUACCAACCAAACGUUACUUUUUAAUAAAACAGUUCACCAUAUCUCUCAAAUCUCAAUGGAACCCACUUUUAUUUUCCCAAACUAUACACGUUUCAUCUACACACAAGAAAGCAUCAAUCACAAUACACUGUUAAAUAGAGAAAAUAAAAAAUAAAAGUGUGCGUCUUUCAUUGGUCCUUGGAAAACAGAGCUCGUUUCAUGCGUGAGGGCAAAUGAAAAACGAACGAGAAAGUUGUGUGUUUCUGUGGAUAAACCAUUUUUCGUAGAAAGAAAUUAUUCAAUCAACAAAGCAGUGAUUCAUACAAUUUGUCUUGUUUAGGGUUUUUCAUCUUUGAUUCAAUGUCGACACAGAGCAACCUCUGUUGACUCGUUUGCUUCUUUCUUUCUUAGAUACAGAAUUGGAAUUUGGUUCAUCUUCUUUGUGAAAAAUCAGAUUUUGAUUACUGGGUUUUAGACAAGUCUGCGUUUUUUUUAUUGAAGAGACGAAAGAUUUAAGUUUUGGGGUUUUGGUUAAGGAGGAGGAUGGUUCCAUGGUUGAUGGUAUCAGCUAUACAAGUAGUAGAGCUAUCUGUGAGCUCUGUUGUUCAUAUGUUUUAUGGGCUUUACAUAUUCAGCUCCGCCGUCGCCGGAGAUCUUACUCAGUCGUUGAGCGAGUCAAUCUUCAAACCCAAAUCCACCAUUGAAGUCAAACAAAUUGACCAAGAAAAGACAACAGACGUCAAUGAUUUGCCUCCUAUUGUUUUGGUUCAUGGGAUUUUCGGAUUUGGCAAAGGAAGAUUAGGUGGUUUAUCAUACUUCGCUGGAGCAGAGAAGAAGGAUGAGAGAGUGUUAGUGCCUGAUCUGGGAUCAUUGACUAGUGUACACGAUAGGGCAAGAGAACUGUUUUAUUAUCUGAAAGGUGGGUUAGUUGAUUAUGGUGAAGAACACAGUAAAGCUUGUGGGCACUCUCAAUUUGGUCGUUUUUAUGAAAAAGGGGAAUACCAAGAAUGGGAUGAAGAUCAUCCUAUUCACUUUGUUGGUCACUCUGCUGGUGCUCAAGUUGUUCGUGUCUUGCAGCAAAUGCUUGCUGAUAAGAUGUUUGAGGGUUAUGAGAACACGAAUGAGAACUGGGUGUUGAGUCUAACGUCAUUGUCAGGAGCGUUAAACGGGACUACUCGAACCUACAUCGAUGGAAUUCAGCCUGAAGAUGGGAAGUCCCUAAAACCUAUAUCACUGCUUCAGAUUUGCAAACUUGGAGUCAUAAUGUAUGACUGGAUUGACAUUCCUUGGCUCAAAUCCUAUUACAAUUUCGGGUUCGACCAUUUCAACAUGUCGAGAAAGAAAACUGGUGUACGCGGCCUAGUCGAUCUUCUGCUUGGAAACGCAGGUCCUUUUGCUGCAUGUGGAGAUUGGAUCUUGCCGGACCUCUCAAUCCAGGGAUCAAUGACGCUAAACGCUAGUCUGCAGACUUUUCCAAACACGUUCUACUUCAGCUAUGCGACUAAGCGUACCACUAAACCUCUUGGAAUGAUGACUGUUCCUUCAGGUGUGAUGGGGAUUCAUCCUCUGCUUUUCAUCCGCGUGUUGCAGAUGAGUCAGUGGCAAUUUCCUCGUGACAUUCCUCUGCCUUAUAAAGGCUACAGGUCAGACUUUUUGAACUUUGUAUCACCACUUAAAGCUACACCAUACUAUAUUAAUCUCUUGUUCAAAUUUGGUAUUACAGAGAUGAAGAUUGGCAGGACAAUGAUGGAGCACUGAACACAAUAUCCAUGACUCACCCACGAAUUCCGGUUGAACAUUCUAGUCUCAUUCUUCGUAGUGACUCAGACUGUCUCCCUCUCCAACCAGGCAUUUGGUACUACAAGAUCGUGGAGGCAGAUCAUAUAAUGUUCAUUAUAAACCGAGAGCGAGCAGGUGUGGAGUUCGAUUUGAUCUACGACAGUAUCUUUGAGCGGUGCAGGAAACAUGUAUUCAGGAAGGCUCCUCAGACAUUGCCUAACGAAGCUCAACACCAGGAAAGAGGAGGCCAAGAAGAGUAGAGAGACCCAAAUGUGAUCAACAAAUGUAUAGCUUCGUUUGUAACAAGAAGAAUCCCCAAAGCUCGAGAUUUUUGGUGUCUCAUAACUCUGACCAGCGUCUUAAGAUUACUGGAUUAGGAUCUGGAAUUGGCAGUGUUCACUAUUUAUGAUAAUAUCCUAUUCGAAGAUAAUGUUUCCAUUUUGCCUUGAAUUCUGUUAGAAAUCUCAAAGCUAGUAUAACAUGAGAGACUAAAGUAGUGUAUCAAAGAUAUGAAUUCAUCUAGCUAUUAGCAAGUGGAUUUGGGUU